AGAUAGCAGGUUUAUUAGCAUAUUAUGCUGUAUAAAAGUAGAGGGAAGUAAAGGGAGCUCAACACACCUACAGGAAAUACAAUCAGAUCAAAACACUCCCGAAGAAAGACAGAGGAAAGAUGAAAGCCGUAUGUUUUUCUCUCCUUCUCCUGCUGGCAUGUAGCUUUGGAGAGGGCCUGAAAUGCAACCGUUGUAUUGGCAAAGGCUGCAGAAACACAGUGGAGACCUGCCGUAUUGACCAUGACACCUGCGGCACGGUCAUAUUCAAGCCCCCACUCCCUAUCUCAUAUUUCAAGAGAUGCAUGAAGAUGUCAGAAUGCAGGUUGCUGGGAAGCAACAAGGACAUUGAUGCCUAUUGCUGCACCUCCAACCAAUGCAACUGAGAGACACAUCCUCUGUCUAACAUACUGUAUACUAUACAGUCCAUUAAUUGUACUAAGCUGAAUGUCAUGAAUCAAUGUAGAUGAUUGAAACUGUCAAGAAGUUACACAAAUAAAGUUGUAUUUUGCGUCUUUGUUCCAAA